UGAAUUUGUCUGAGAGUCCCGAGAACGCCAGGAAAGUUUUGCGGCCCCCACGAAGAGCGCCAAAAUAAGCCCCAAAAUACGUACUGAGUCAGCCGAAGAGAACGCCCCCUCCCGUUCGCGACGAUAGGCAGAAGCCCGCUCUCUCGUUAGAGCUCCACCAACAACUUAACCGACCGGAACUCACGUUGAAGCCCUUCUCCUCCUUCAGAACUACAAGCUUCGAGCUACACACUACAAACUCCCCAGCAAAAUGCCGCAAAAGACAAACGGACACAGCGCCAACGGCUGCAACGGCAGCAAUGGAAACUCCUAUGACAUGGAAGACGGAGCCACAUUCCUGUUCACUUCCGAGUCCGUGGGCGAGGGCCAUCCAGACAAAAUGUGCGACCAAAUCAGCGACGCUAUCUUGGACGCCCAUCUAAAGCAGGAUCCCAACGCAAAAGUGGCGUGCGAAACCGUCGCCAAGACUGGCAUGAUCCUGCUAUGCGGCGAGAUCACAUCAAAGGCCGUAGUCGACUAUCAGAAAGUUGUUCGUGAGACAGUGCAGCACAUUGGCUACGAUGACUCCUCCAAGGGUUUCGAUUUUAAAACGUGCAACGUCCUCUUGGCAUUGGACCAACAAUCGCCCGAAAUCGCUGCCGGAGUGCAUGUCAACCGCGCCGAGGAAGAAAUCGGUGCCGGAGAUCAGGGCAUCAUGUUUGGAUAUGCCACCGAUGAGACCGAGGAGUGCAUGCCCCUAACGGUCGUGUUGGCCCACAAACUGAACGAGAAGAUUGCUGAGCUGCGUCGCUCGGAUGUCUUCUGGUGGGCUCGCCCCGAUUCUAAGACACAAGUCACCUGCGAGUACCUAUUUAAUCAGGGAUCAGCUGUUCCCAAGCGGGUCCACACCAUCGUAGUGUCCAUGCAACACUCUGAGAAGAUUUCGCUUGAGACCCUGCGCUCGGAAGUAAUGGAGAAAGUAGUGAAAGUUGUCAUUCCCGCCAAAUACAUUGAUGCCAACACCAUUGUGCACAUCAAUCCCUGCGGCCUCUUUGUCAUCGGUGGACCAAUGGGUGACGCCGGACUAACGGGCAGGAAAAUCAUUGUGGACACCUACGGAGGUUGGGGCGCCCACGGCGGUGGUGCCUUCUCUGGCAAGGAUUUCACCAAAGUCGACAGAUCUGCAGCAUAUGCAGCCCGCUGGGUGGCCAAGUCACUGGUUAAAGCUGGUCUGUGCAAGCGCUGCCUGGUCCAAGUCUCGUACGCCAUCGGUCUUGCCGAGCCUCUUUCCAUAACCGUGUUCGACUACGGAACAUCCCACAAGUCACAAAAGGAACUUCUGGAUAUCAUCCGGCGCAACUUUGACCUCAGGCCCGGCAAGAUUGUCAAGGACUUAAACCUGCGUCAGCCGAUAUACCAGCGCACCAGCACUUAUGGCCACUUUGGUCGUGCCGGCUUCUCGUGGGAGGAGGCAAAGCCUUUGGAGACUGACAACUGACUAGACGCUGACGCGCCGCUUCCGCAGUCACCAUGUGCUAAAAGGUCGAAGACAUCGUUAUCGCCAUCAGCGUCAACAUCAAUAGAAACCACAACACCAACGUAAUUUUUAGUUUCGUUUUUAAAGUUAAAAGUCGGGAAGCCAGCCACAUCGGCCUGCGUCCUGCUUUGGGCUUUCGUUUCUUACCGCACCUGCGCUCUUCGCUAUAUAAUUUAAACCAAUUUGAUGUGUGUAGUCUUCUCACACAACACUAGUUGUAGUCGUCAUACUACCCCCAUAUAUAUACUUAAUAGAGGGCUCCAACACAAUUGAUGAGCUUUAGUUAUACAUAUACAUAGUAUAGAGUCGCUCAGUUUUGUUAUCACAAAAAUUGAAGAAGUAGUUAGUCUGCCCUUCAAAUACCCUGCAAUGUAAUUCAGUUGGCAUCUAUUGAAAUUGUAUAAAACUAAUAUCCGCUGCCUAGAAAUUGUGCACCAUUCUCAUGCCCUAAUUGUACACAAAUUUUUGUAACUUUUAAUAUUGCUAUAUGUUGUCGUAUGCGUUGUAUAUGUUUAACCAAAAGUUUUUAAACAACUCGAUUGUAUGUAAAUUACACACUGUCUUUGUAUUUUCUGUAAUCAACCAACCAUAAGAUAAUGUAUUUUCCUUUACAAAAAUAUAUUAAAAAUACAGAUAAAAUGAUUGUAAUGCAUACAAGACCUGUAUGCACAGACCAGGACGUUUUUGUUGCUAAAACAACAGGAUCGGCGUCUUGCGUUGCAAUUUAUUAACAGACAAAUUAAACAGUCAUCCAGUUCAAACUA